AUGGACAUCACAUGGAUAAGCACCCUGCUCCUAGCUCUGAUCAUCUCCUGUAUCAUCUACUCAUCAUGGAAUGCCAUGUAUCGGAGACGUAAGCUGCCACCAGGACCAACACCGCUGCCCAUUGUGGGAAACGUCCUACAGAUAAAGAGAGGGAAACUAGUCCAAUCCCUAAUGGAGUUUGCAGAGAAAUACGGAUCAAUAUAUACUGUUUAUUUUGGCCAUAAUCCUAUUGUUGUCCUAAGCGGUUAUGAAACUGUAAAAGAGGCAUUACUGGACCGAGCAGAAGAAUUUAGUGGACGUGGAAGAAAUUCAGCUUUUGAAGAUUUUUUCAAAGGACAUGGACUGGUCUUCAGCAAUGGGGAACACUGGAAAGAUUUGCGCAGGUUUUCACUUACCACGCUCAGAGAUUUUGGGAUGGGGAAGAAAUCUAUUGAGGAGCGUAUACAAGAAGAGGCUGGUUUCCUGGUGGCAAAGAUCAAAUCUCUGGAAGAAAAAUCCAUUGACCCAUCCAACCUCCUAAACCAGGCUGUUUCCAAUGUCAUCUGCUCUAUAGUGUUUGGAAACCGUUUUGAAUAUGAUAAUCACAACUUUCAGCAACUCUUGAGGUUGUUUGGUGCAACAUUCAGAGACAUGAGUGGCUCUUGUGGACAGUUGCAGGAAAUGCUUCCAAAUAUCAUGUACUACAUUCCGGGACCUCAUUGGAAAGUAAACAGUCAUCUGGAUAAAGUGAGGAAUUUUGUCCUAAAGAGAGUGAAGAUAAACCAGGAGACGUUUGAUCCCAACUGUCCUCGGGAUUAUAUUGACUGUUUUCUUCUCAAGCAGCUGCAAGAAAAGGACAAUCCAUACUUUGACACAAAGAACAUGGUACUGACAAUACUCAACUUGUUCUUUGCUGGAUCCGACACAGUCAGCAGCACCCUGCGAAAUGGAAUCCUCAUACUUAUGAGAUAUCCUGAAAUACAAGACAAAGUACUCGAGGAAAUAGUUCGGGUUAUUGGACAAAAUCGCAUUCCAAACAUUAGAGACCGGAACAAUAUGCCAUAUACUGAUGCUGUAAUCCACGAGAUCCAGAGAUACACUGAUAUUCUUCCAAUAAAUGUUGCACACUUAGUGACAAAAGAUACCAACUUUAAGGGCUAUACCAUUCCUAAGGGUACAGAUGUCUAUCCAUUACUGUGUUCUGUUCACCAAGACCCCAAGAAGUUUACUACUCCCACUAUGUUCAACCCCAAUCAUUUCCUGGACAGCAAUGGCUGCUUUAAGAAGAAUGAAGCCUUUAUGCCAUUCUCUGCAGGAAAGAGAUUCUGUGUUGGAGAAGCUCUGGCCCGUAUGGAGCUGUUUCUUUUCCUAACAAAUAUCCUACAGAACUUCAAACUGGUUUCUAAGACUAAAUUAACAGAUGAGGAUAUCAAACCCACCAUGACAGGAUUUGCCAAUGUCCCCAGAUUUUAUGAGAUGUUUUUCAUCCCUCGAGUUUUAUAG